UUGGAUUUUCUUUCGUCUUCCGUCUCUUUCUGAUUCAUUUCUUUCUUUUCUCGCAUUCUCAUAUAUUACUCGAGAAGCCCUCCCGAUAACAAAAAACAACAACAACACAUUCCACCUACUACCAUGUCGUCAGAAGAUACUCCCGUCAACGUGACCGAGCAACAGCAGCAGGACCCUCUUGUUGACGUUUCCGAAACUGCGACUGCGGAUGCUCCUGCUGCUGCUGCUGCUGCUGUCGCGUCGGUGGCUGAGGACGUUCACGUGUCAGCAGCAGUCGAUCCUACCAUUCAGGCUGCUAUCGACACCGUCGUUAGUUCCGGCGCCAUUGACACAUCGGCACUUUUGGAAAAGCUGAAGCAAGAGCGCGAGGCUAAUGUCGAAACCGAACAACCCCAGCAGCCCGAGCAACAAGAAGAAGAACCCAAGCCUGCUGCUGAGGAACAGAAGAAGGUUGAGGUAGAACCGCCGCAGUUCGAAAAGACCGAAGCCGUUGACGCUGCCAUCACGACCGCCGUCGGUUCCGCUGUCAUUGAUAUUCAUGCUAUUGUCGAUACCGUCGUCAAGGCCAAGGCUGAAGCUGACGCCGAAGCUGACGCCGAAGCCAAGAGAAUCGCCGAAGAAGAAGAAGAAGCCGCACGCAAGGCCGCCGAGGAGGAGGAGGAGGAGCAGCAGCGAUUGGCUGAAGAGAAGCGUUUAGAGGAGGAGCGUCUCGCUGAGGAACAACGAAUUGCCGAAGAAAAGCGCUUGGAAGAAGAGCGUUUGGCUGAAGAGAAGCGUCGUGAAGAGGAGAAAUUGGCAGAAGAACAACGACUUGCUGAAGAAGAAGCCGCUCGCAAGGCUGCCGAGGAGGAAGCUGCACGUAAGGCCGCUGAGGAAGAAGCCGUUCGCAAGACUGCUGAGGAAGAGGCCGCUCGCAAGACUGCUGAGGAGGAAGCUGCACGUAAGGCUGCUGAGGAGGAAGCUGCACGUAAGGCCGCUGAGGAAGAUACCGCACGAAAGGCUGCCGAGGAAGAAGCAGCACGAAAGGCUGCUGAAGAAGAAGCAGCACGAAAAGCAUCAGAAGCACAAGCCGCACAACAAAAAGCAGCUGAUGAAGCAGCAGCACAGCAAUCUGUUCAACGACCUGAACCAGCCAUGCCUGUCCCACUUGCUGCUAGUGAAGUAAACCCACAAGCACCAGCACAGGAGGCACCAGCUCAAGAAAAAGCAGUUGCACCUGAGACACAACAGCAAGCAGAACAGCCACAACAGCAACCCGCCGAAGAAGCCCCCAAGAGCAAGUGCACUAUCAUGUAAAAACGAACACACUUAUCAUUUGCUGGACUUAAUGGGCGGUACUUGGACUGAUACC